UUCAUAUUCAUAAAACCCCCAAAUUUGGAAAUAAAUUAAUUGAGUUAGGGUUUUAGAUCUCAGUCGUGUAUAAAUUCACACACAUCCACACUUACUUCCAUUGAUUUCUGCCAAAUUAAGUUAGGGUUUUCAUGGAGGCUCAAACUGCGGCUGCGUUCCUCGCUCAGAGCCUCUCCACCUUCGCGAUUCAGGCUCUCCUCCUUCAAAUUUCCACCGCUCUUCUCUCCACGAUAGGAGCUCUUGCAAACGCAGCUGAAUCAACAGUGCUAGAUAGGCUUUUGAUGACUGAGCUCGGCAUGAAGAAGCAGCCUGAGAAUCAAGAAGCCAGUGAAGACGAGGAUGAUGAUGAUGAAAACGAUGAUGAGGAUGAGGAUGAUGAUGAAGGUGGAGAUGGGGAGGAUGAAGAUGCCGGAGGGGACGAGGAAGGGGAGGACCAAGGUGGUGAUGAGGAGGACCCGGAGGACGUUCCCGCUGCAAAUGGUGAUGGUGCUGGAAGUGGGGAGGAUGAGGAAGAAGACGAGGAUGACGAGGACGAAGAUGAUGAUGAUGAUGGUGACGAGGAUGAGGAAGAGGAGGAGGAAGAAGAGGAGACUCCAGAGCCACCUACUAAAAGGAGGAAGUGAGCCUAGAUAUGUGAUCAAUCUCCUUGUCUCUGUGUUUUUUAGUUUUGAAUUUUGCGUAGGAUGUAAUUUUUUAUAUCAAUGCUUUCUUUCACUAUCUUUUCUUUGUUUCAGCUAGUACAUUUUUUAUGUUUUUGGUGAUCAACAUAUCAUUUCAGAAAUAAAAAAAUGUAUCUAUUGAUUAAGAUUAAACAGUUAAUAUUUCAUUUCUUAGUGUUA